AUGACUCAAUCGUUGAGUAAUAUGAAAACUGAACAUAAUUUGGAUUCAUCAACCACACCAUCAUUCUAUCGAUGCAAAAAUACAUCUGAUCGCGUGUCAUUGCGUCGAGUCAAUGAUGGUUAUAUCGAUUGUCUUUAUGGUGAUGAUGAGAGAAAUCCCGAUUAUCCAAUGACUCAAUUGUUUCGUUAUCAAUGUCAAACUGUCACAUCCCCGUCUCAAUAUGUCACCUAUGCUAAAUUAGGUGAUGGUGUCGAUGACUGCGCCGACGGCAGUGAUGAAGUAUCCAAAGAGAUACGUUGGUCAACCUUCAAAUGUGAUGCAAGUGAUAAUUAUGCGUGUUGGGCUUUUCAAGGCGAUCAGUUCGGAGAGAAUCGUCUAAAAGACGCUCGACUUCAUUUUCAUCGUUAUUGUGAUUCGAUCUGGGAUGUAAUGGAUGGUCGAGACGAAAAGAACUGCUCAGAUUGGAUAUGCGACUCUGAUUUGUACAAGUGCAAUCGAACAGGACAAUGCAUCGAGCGAAAAUAUUUUUGUGAUGGUGAAUUCGACUGUGAUGAUGGUGAAGAUGAAGUAAAUUGUUCUUUACCAUGGAUACCAUGGAAUCUCGAAGUAAAAUGCAACAAGAGCACUGAAUUUUUCUGCAUCACUGAUGACUAUGUGAAGAAUCAAAGUUUGAAUCGUUCUUGUAUUCACCGAAGUCGAGUGGGUGACGAGCAUAUUGAUUGUAUUGGAGCUCGUGAUGAACGUAAUGUUGCAUCGUGUCCUGAUCAUCGGAUGGUUGGUGAUCGGUUCUUAUGCGAUAAUGGGAGGAAGUGCAUUGAUUAUAUGGCAGUAUGCAAUGGAAUCAAAGACUGUGUGGACGAAACUGAUGAGUCAAUUUGCUAUUGGAAUACUGGCUAUUGUCCUGCUGGCCAGUUUUCUUGUGCGGACCAAAAAGGUUGCAAGAGAACGAGGUGUACAGCAGAAAUAACAUGCAACGAUAAGUCCCAUCGUUUCUGGUGUCCGAAUUCACCCAGUGAAAAUUAUGUCUAUCGCUCGAGUAAGGAUAGAUCAGUAAUUGAUAAUAAAAAAAGAUGUUACAAUCAAUUGGAAUCCCAAACCAAACUUACAAUCGCAUCGUCAUCCUCAAAUCGUCAAGUCAAAGCAUUAGCUGACCCAUACUUCUACUGUAAUCGAGGAUUUUAUUUGCAAGCAGCCACCAGCUCCGAAUUCCUCUGCUUUUGUCCGCCGACUUUUUACGGCGAUCGUUGUCAAUACAACAGUCGACGAAUAAGCAUUUUGGUUCGUUUCGAUCGAGGGCAUCGUCCUGAUCUUUCAUUUAUUUUGAACGUUCUUGUCACACUUGUUCUAAACGGAAGCACAGUAGUCGAUCAUCGAUUUUUUCUUGAUGAAGCCAAAGAAUACUCAUCAAAGUCUUUGACCUAUUUAAUCUAUCCUCGUCCGAAACCCCUGGGUAUUUAUUCUGUUCGAAUUGAGACCUAUAAUUCUACAAAACUAAUCCAUUUCUGGGAAUAUCCUGUCAGUCCACUGGACUUUUUGCCUGUGCUGCGUAUUGCCAAAGUACUUCGAUUUCCUACUCGUUCAUUUCCCUGGUUUUGUUCACACAAUUAUUGUGAAAACAAUGGAACCUGCCAUCAACGAGAGGACAACCGAUUUCUCUGCAUUUGUGUAUACGGUUGGAAAGGUAAACUGUGCGAGAUGAGAACUGAGCACAUUCAUUGUGCAUCACAUUCACUGGCACGAACAGAAACUAUCUGUGUUUGUCCGCAAGGCUACCUCGAACCUUACUGUUACGUUCAGAAUCAACAAUGUCAACAACACAACUGUGAACGAAAUAAAACUUGCAUUCCACGAUCACAUCCUCCUAUCUAUGGAUAUACUUGUAUCUGUAACACAUCUAAAUGUGAUAUUAACAGAGCAGUAAUUAGUCUUCAUCGACAAGAGUCAAAUCAAUCACCAUUUCUUUUACAACUACUCCAGCUUACAGGAGACUAUCCGACGAUUCGUCAACAAAUUCUCGUUCAGCCACUAACCUCGUUUCCAUUGAUUCAAACGAUUAAAACUCGUGAUGGUACCUAUGAAAUUGGAGAACAACCUGAAAUCGGAUUACUCUUUACUUUUGAAUCAAACGCACAUUCAAUCGAGAGUACAUUAUAUUUGCUCUUUAUCAAUUGUUCUAAUGCUAUGCGAAACUUUUCCGUUGAUCUUGACCAACAACUAAAUAAAUGUCAUGUUUUACCCGAAAAUCAAAAACAUGCUGUCGCCUUGUUUGGCAAUUUUUGCCAAAGUUUUACCUAUGGUACUUGCUUUAUAUCUGAUGGAUAUCUCUGUUAUUGUGGUUAUCCGAAUAAAAAUCAUAGUAAUUGUCUUUCUUAUCAACGACGAUACACGUGGUAUGCAAGAGUCUGCCCAUGCUCAUGUCCACUUUCUACUAUGUCACUUUGUGGUUAA